AUGGAGCCGGAUAAAGUCAGACUUGUGCAGUCAAAAUACGAGGGUUCUGCUGCAAAGCAAAUUUUUGCAGUAUUGAUCGCAUGCACCGGUGCAUUUUCAUUCGGAUACACCAUUGGUUUCAGUUCUCCAGGAAUUCCAAGUAUGAUAAAGGCUCAAGUAAUUACUGAAGUGGAUGCAGGAUUUUUUGGGUCUCUUCUUCCAGUUGGUGCAAUCUUCGGUGGACCAGUUGGAGGUUGGUGCGUGGAGAAACUUGGACGCAAAAGAACAAUUUUACUUACCUCUCUCCCCUUUAUGUGUGGUUGGCUGACCAUAGCAUACCAUCAGGCUCUGAUGCACAUGUUUAUUGGACGGUUACUGACAGGUUUUGCUAGUGGAAUGAUCACUGUAUGUGUGCCAGUCUACAAUGCUGAGGUCUCGUCGAAAACGUACCGUGGAAAGCUUGGAUCCUUCACCCAACUUUUCAUUACAAUUGGUAUUCUGGCUGUGUAUCUGAUUGGAGCAACUUUGGACUGGAAGAAUUUGGCGCUAGUUGGAAUCAUACCAGCAGCUUUAACGGCAUUUGGCUGCCUUUACUUACCUGAAUCUCCACACUGGCUUCUCAGCCGUGGACAAAAAGCGGAAGCCAUCAAUGCUUUGAAAUUGUUACGAGAUAAUCAUAUGGAUGUUGGAGAAGAAUGCCGCGAUAUUGAAGAAUCCAUUGAUGUGCAGGAAAAAGUGCCGUGCUCGGAAUUCAUGAAGCCUGAAAUUCUCAAACCGCUGAUGAUUAUUCUGUUCGUCAUGGUUUUCCAACAGUUUAGUGGAAUUAACGCCAUUAUGUUUUAUUCAGUUACCAUCUUUGAAAUGCAAUUCCCUGAAGCUGCUCAUGAGGCAUCUAUCGCUGUGGGCGUGGUACAAGUGUUUGGAACUCUGACAGCCUCGAUGUUUAUGGACAAGUCCGGCAGACGGAAGCUGCUGGUUAUUUCUGGAGCGAUAAUGAGUUCAUGUCUGUUUAUGUUAGGCUAUCUCUUCAGCUUGUCUACAACUUCAUCUCCUAUUUAUAAAUGGAUGGCACUUAUUUCUGUCAUGCUGUAUGUCAUUGGUUUCGGUUUAGGUUGGGGACCAAUUCCUAUCUUGGUCAUGUCCGAGUUAUUGCCUGCUCGUGUCCGUGGAGGAGCGAGCGCCGUGGCAAUUUUAACUAACUGGUCAUGUGCAUUUGUUGUUACCAUGACAUUUAUUCCGUUUAAAGAUUUGAUUGGAGAUGAAAUGGUUUUCUUCCUAUUUGGAGCUUCGUGUAUUUUGUCUGUUUGUUUUGUUUUGCGUUUUCUACCAGAAACAAAGGGAAAGUCGUUAGAAGAUAUUGAACUGUUUUUCUUGGGGAAGGGUGCCGGUCCGAGUGUAGUGUAA